AUGGAAUUAGUCCAAACAGAAGAGAUCAUAGUAGAAGAUCGCAAGUGUUUUUAUAUGCCACACCACGGAGUAAUUAGAGAACAUAGCAGCACUACAAAAUUAAGAGUUGUGUUCGACGCAUCAGCUAAAUCAUCAACAAACAUCUCGCUAAAUGAUGUUUUGCAUGCUGGACCCAAACUCCAAACUGAUCUAUUUUAUAUUCUAUCAAAUUUCAGAAUACACUCCAUAGCUCUUGCGGCUGAUAUCGAAAAAAUGUUCCGACAAAUUCUUGUCUCACAUUCAGAUUCUGAUUUUCGGAGAAUUAUAUGGCGAGAAAAUCCCGAUCAAAAGAUUGAAGACUAUAGAUUGAAGACAGUGACUUACGGAACUGCUUGCGCACCGUAUUUAGCCAUAAGAACUAUUAAAAAACUUGCUGAAGAUGAAGAGAUGAAUUUUCCUAAAGCCUCAAAAGUUAUCGACAAGGACUUUUACGUAGAUGAUCUAUUAACAGGAGCCGAUUCAAUUCAGGAAGCUGAAAAUCUCAUGAGUGAUUUAAUUAAUCUAAUGAGAAGAGGUGGAUUCACUCUUCGAAAAUGGAUAUCAAAUGAACAUAGUAUUCUUUCAAAAUUACCUCCUGAACUAAAAGUAACAGAACAGUCUAUAAAUAUUGCUGAAGAUCAGUCAGUGAAACUUCUUGGCAUUCAGUGGGAUCCAAAUCAAGACACAUUUGCGAUUCAUUUAAAUCAAGCUCAAGAUGUCACCACAAAACGGCAAUUAUUGUCAAGCAUUGCUAGAAUUUAUGAUCCCCUCGGUUUCAUUUCACCCUCUACAGUUUUAGCUAAAAUUAUGAUGCAGAAAUUAUGGUUAUGCAAGUCAAAAUGGGAUGAUCCACUCCCAGACACAAUGCCUGAGUCUUAUCAAGCAGAAAAUUCGCUAUCAUACACUUCAAGAUUUAAGUUGAUUCAAGCUCUUCGCGAAGGAUUCUGGAGGCGAUGGAGUGCUGAGUAUUUCACACAGUUACAGCAGAGAAGUAAAUGGAAGUCAUCUAACCCAAAUAUAAAAACUGGACAACUGGUGUUGUUAAAAGAAGAUCUCAAACAUCCCAUGAAAUGGAGUUUAGGAAGAGUUAUGGAAACUUUUCCUGGAGAUGAUGGAGCUGUAAGAGUUGUUCAGGACAAUGCAAGUGCCAAACAUUAA